AUGCAGCACUACGGGGUAAACGGCUACUCCCUGCACGCCAUGAACUCCCUCAGCGCCAUGUAUAACCUCCACCAGCAGGCGGCGCAGCAGGCUCAGCACGCCCCCGACUACCGGCCGUCCGUGCAUGCCCUCACGCUGGCCGAAAGACUGGCUGACAUCAUCCUGGAGGCCCGCUACGGCUCCCAGCACCGAAAGCAGCGACGCAGCAGGACGGCCUUUACCGCCCAACAGCUGGAAGCUCUGGAGAAGACCUUCCAAAAGACGCACUACCCGGAUGUUGUGAUGCGGGAGCGUCUGGCCAUGUGCACCAACCUGCCCGAGGCCCGAGUGCAGGUGUGGUUCAAGAACCGGCGAGCCAAGUUUCGCAAAAAGCAGCGCAGCCUGCAGAAGGAGCAGCUCCAGAAGCAGAAGGAGGCGUCAGGAACCACCGAGGCCUCCACCGACGACACCAAGGCCGAGCUGACGCCCGCCGCCGACACCCACGCUACCCCGCCGCCUCCCUCCUCCGCCUCCUCCUGCCACUCCGAGUCAGACAGGCUGCCGGUGGCGGCGGUAAGGUCUCACGAACCCGGCGAGACGAGCGUGGAAGUGAACGUCACCUCACCCGAGCCAUCGGACGGCGAGUCGGCGGUAGAGGACAACGCGGACGCGGAGGACAGAGUGAGGGGGGAGGCGAGAGGAAGGAACAGGGAGGAGGCGCGAGGGCAUGGGGAGACCCACCCCGGUGGCAGUUCGCCAUCCUACAAGCAACUCAGCCCGACAUCAGAGUCCCCCCUGUGCUCGCCCGCCCUGCCGUCCUCCAGCAGCAUGCCGAGUGGUCCGGCCCAAAGCAACUCGUACGCCUCGUCGCCUCUCAGCCUCUUCCGGCUGCAGGAGCAGUUCCGCCAGCACAUGGCGGCCACCAACAACCUGGUACACUACCCGUCCUUCGACAUGAGCGCGCCGUCCUCGCUGCCCUACUUGGGCAUGAACGUCAACAUGUCGUCUCCGCUGGGCUCGCUGCCCUGCCAGUCUUACUACCAGACGCUGUCUCAAGCGCAACAAGUGUGGAACAGCCCGCUGUUGCCGGGGGCACCGGGCGGCCUUCCGGGAAGCCUCAAUAGCAAGACCACCAGUAUCGAGAAUCUCCGGCUGAGGGCCAAGCAGCAUGCGGCCUCGCUGGGAUUGGACACGCUCCCCAACUGAAGGCGCUCCGAUGCCAAGUGCGUUCGCCCUCUGUGUUUGCCCUUCGAUCCGAGCGUGGGGGACUCCACCCCCACACGC